UUCGGUUCACGGGAUUUGCGGCCAUUCCAAAGGAAAAUUAGCUUGUACAGGUUCUCUUUCCUAUUAGCUGUUCGGUUCAAAGGAAGAAUACAAAACAUUCCAGAGGAAAGUAUCCCUAGGCAUCCAGAUUUCACAGGAUUGUGCAAAUCCACCCGGAGCACAUUUUUGGGCGGAGUCCCGAGGCAAACCGAGGAGUUGCACCUGUGUGGCAGAAUAAAGUAUUCAAGCAAUGAAGUAGUACUCCACAGUAAAAUAUUGGGAUAGCCACUGCUCAUGACUCUAGUCGUUCUGUGUUUUUGUGAGCCACCCGAACGCAAGCCCUAGCUCCUUUCCCUUGUUUCAUCUUUCCACAGUUCUCCACUGUUCACUCGGUCCAAUUCCUAUGCAGUUUGUUUUUCCUAUGUUUUUUAUGCCUGCACACCGAACGAAGCCUUACUAUGCUCUGGCUCCGGUGCUGCGGCCUCACCCAGCUCCUGUCGUUUCGCUCCGCCUCCACCAUCUCCCAGCUCAGCCGCCUCAUCUCCGCCGCCGUCUCCCCGAACCCUAGCUUUGCCGUGGAGGACUACCUUGUCUCCACCUGCGGCCUCACCCGAGCGCAGGCCCUCAAGGCCUCCGCUAAGCUCUCCCACCUCAAGUCCCCUUCCAAGCCUGACGCCGUCCUCGCCUUCCUCGCCGGCCUCGGCCUCUCCGCCGCCGAUGUCGCCGCCCUCGUCGCCAGGGACCCGCUGUUCCUCUGUGCCAAAGUGGAGAAAACCCUGGCACCCAAUGUCGCGGAGCUCACCGGCCUCGGUCUCUCACUUUCUCAGAUCGCGCGCCUCGUCUCGCUCCCCAGUGUCACUUUCCGCUACAGAUCCAUCGUCUCCACGCUGGAGUACUUCUUGCCCCUCUUCAGGUCCUCCGAGAACCUCCUUCGAGCCCUACCUCGAGCGGGUGGCUCCAUUCUCGGGUCCAACCUCGAGCGGGUGGUCAAGCCCAAUGUCGCCUUCCUGCGCGAGUGCGGGCUAGGUGCUUGUGAUAUUGCCAGGCUCUGCAUUCCCACGCCAUCGCUGCUCAGCAUCAGCACAGAACGCAUCCGGACAGCAGUGGCGUGCGUCGAAGGUCUUGGUGUACCCCGUGGAUCUCGGAUGUUCAAGCAUGCGCUACAAGUUGUUGCAUUCCUCAGCGAGGAGAAAAUCACCACCAAAGUGGAGCACUUGAAGAAAACAUUCAAGUGGUCGGAUGCCGAGGUGGGCAUUGCUGUUUCUAAGGCUCCAAAGCUGCUGACGAUGUCCAUCGAAUCGCUGCAGCGCAGGUCCGAGUUCCUCAUCUCCGAGGUGGGGUUGGAAAUGACAUACAUUGUUUAUCGUCCAGCAAUGCUCAUGUACAGCUUGGAGGGCAGGCUCAGACCCCGAUACUACGUUGUAAAGUUUCUCAAGGAAAAUGGAUUGCUAAGUCGCAAUCGGGAUUAUUAUUCUGCAGUCAAGAUAACUGAGAAGGAAUUUGUGGAGAAGUUCAUAUGCCCUCACAAGGAUGCUGCACCGCACCUCGCUGAUGACUAUGGAGCAGCUUGCAGAGGAGAGGUUCCAGCUAGAUUCAGUUUCACAUGAACCAAUACUAAUAAGAAAAUUGGUAUGUUCAUUAUGUCAUUCAGUAGAGAAGAAAGCAUUGCACUGCUAUGAACUCGUCCUUCCUCGUGUUGCCAUAUUGCACACAUCUUGGAACUAGGAGAGUAUGAGAUCAGGGCAUUCUGCCAAUUUCUUUGAAGUAUCAAUGAGUAGUAUUUCUGCACACUC